UUUUACUGUAUAUUCAGUAGCUAUAGCAACACUACUUAUAGGACCCCGUGUUGUACUAUUUUACUGUAUAUUCAGUAGCUAUAGCAACACUACUUAUAGGACUGUGUUGUACUAUUUUACUGUAUAUUCAGUAGCUAUAGCAACACUACUUUUAGGACUGUGUGUUGUACUAUUUUACUGUAUAUUCAGUAGCUAUAGCAACACUACUUAUAGGACUGUGUGUUGUACUAUUUUACUGUAUAUUCAGUAGCUAUAGUAACACUACUUAUAGGACUGUGUGUUGUACUAUUUUACUGUAUAUUCAGUAGCUAUAGCAACACUACUUAUAGGACUGUGUGUUGUACUAUUUUACUGUAUAUUCAGUAGCUAUAGCAACACUACUUAUAGGACUGUGUGUUGUACUAUUUUACUGUAUAUUCAGUAGCUAUAGCAACACUACUUAUAGGACUGUGUGUUGUACUAUUUUACUGUAUAUUCAGUAGCUAUAGCAACACUACUUUUAGGACCCCGUGUUGUACUAUUUUACUGUAUAUUCAGUAGCUAUAGUAACAUUAUAGUUUUUUUUACUGUUGUACUAUUUUACUGUAUAUUCAGUAGCUAUAGCAACACUACUUAUAGGACUGUGUGUUGUACUAUUUUACUGUAUAUUCAGUAGCUAUAGCAACACUACUUAUAGGACCCCGUGUUGUACUAUUUUACUGUAUAUUCAGUAGCUAUAGCAACACUACUUAUAGGACUGUGUGUUGUACUAUUUUACUGUAUAUUCAGUAGCUAUAGCAACACUACUUAUAGGACUGUGUGUUGUACUAUUUUACUGUAUAUUCAGUAGCUAUAGCAACACUACUUAUAGGACUGUGUGUUGUACUAUUUUACUGUAUAUUCAGUAGCUAUAGUAACACUACUUAUAGGACUGUGUGUUGUACUAUUUUACUGUAUAUUCAGUAGCUAUAGCAACACUACUUAUAGGACUGUGUGUUGUACUAUUUUACUGUAUAUUCAGUAGCUAUAGCAACACUACUUAUAGGACUGUGUGUUGUACUAUUUUACUGUAUAUUCAGUAGCUAUAGCAACACUACUUAUAGGACUGUGUGUUGUACUAUUUUACUGUAUAUUCAGUAGCUAUAGCAACACUACUUAUAGGACUGUGUGUUGUACUAUUUUACUGUAUAUUCAGUAGCUAUAGCAACACUACUUUUAGGACCCCGUGUUGUACUAUUUUACUGUAUAUUCAGUAGCUAUAGUAACAUUAUAGUUUGUUUUACUGUUGUACUAUGCUAUACUGUAGCAUAUAUGUUAGUCUGUGCUUUACUAUACCAGUUUUUAACCAUGUUUCUGAUGUCAUUUCCAGGCAGAGGACCGCUCUCUCUGUCAUUUGGAGGGGAAGUACCAGACCAUGAUCUGGGCCUUACGCUCCAAACUGGGCUCCAGACUCAUUCCUCCAGUCCUGCACCUGGAUACAGCCCCCUUACAGCAAGACUCCCCCCACAUUCCUGCUUUUCCCACCAGAGAGUCACCCACCUCAUUCCCCCCUCCGGAAUCUCCAGAAUCUCUCUUCACAGCCCUCAUCAGUGAAAUCCGUAAAUUCGGGACACAGAAUGAAAUGACGACAGAAGAUGUAGAAAUGAAUGUGACGUCUUUUGAAGAGGAGACAUUUUCUGAUCCAGCAUCAGUCAGCUCAGUAGACCCUUCUGAUUGGCUGGACAAAGCUGUGACAGAACACACAACGUUACAGCGUCAAUUCCCGUCUCUGUCCACUGUCAGCAGCACAAAGUCUCCCAUAGCAACAACCUCUGACUCCAGACAAACUCUACUUCCUGGUUCUCCCUCCCUCCGGGUUUCCCUCAACCACAAGAGACUCAGGAGUCUCCACAAGAGGCAGAUACCUAGGGUUAACGCUUGUCCAGGAGUAGCAGAGCCUACCCAGCAUGUGAGUGGAAUCAGAGACACAUACAAGUGGGUCCUGGGCAUCCCCACCAAGAACCUCCACAUAAACUUCCAGGAAGUGCUAGUAGACCUGAGCUCUAUGAACGUUCCUGGUCUGUACGAGGCACGGGUCAAGGCGGUGGUGGUGGGGGGGUCGACCUCUGACCUUUUACAGCCUGGUGGGUUUGGAGAACGGGUCCUUCUACCGUAGCAUGCCACGCAUCAUCGCUCUGGCGCUGGGCGCUCUCAAAACGUAAACACUAUCAACAACAGAACAAACACACGUCAAAGACUCAGUGAAGAAGUGGUCUGGAGUCAGCUUGUGGCGGCAGAGACCAUAGACAUUAUCUGCUGGGGAAAUGAACCCAGAAGUGACCAGGAGACUGGAGACUACUCAUUCAGAUGGGAGGAGAGAGGGCAGGCGGUGGGCAUUCUAGGAGACCUAAACAUAAUAUACACACACACACACACACACACACACACACACACACACACACACACACACACACACACACACACA